AUGGAUCAACCCGGCAUCAACGACUACAAGCAUGCCUUCUUACAUGGAAAAUCUAUUUCAGAAGCGUCCCUUCUCGUCCCUGAAGUGGUGGAGACUAUUAAGAAUUCAGUAGAAAGACUCAUCAACGAAGCCGGAGCCAAAACUCUCAUAGUUUCUGGAAUUCUACCCGUGGGCUGCUUUCCUGGUUUUAGGACUCUGUUUCCCGAGGGAGAUUCAAUUGGAAAAAACAGAUGCCACAGAGGACUUAAUAUGUUUUCAAAGCUUCAAAAUGAUCAUCUAUGGCAAGCAAUUCUGGAGCUGCGUUUGAAGUACCCUGAUGUUCACAUCAUAUAUGUAGAUUACUACAAAGCAUUCAUGGCGGUCCUUAAAAACCAUGUGUUCCUGGGAUUCAAGAUGAAGAAUUUGAUGAAGGCAUGUUGUGGCAGUGGAAACAGUCCACUCAACUUUGAUACGCAGAAGAAGUGCGGAGACGAAGGAGUUGUUGUAUGUUCUGAUAGGGCUUCGUAUUUAUACUGGGAUGGAUUUCAAUUGACACCUGAGGCUUUGGAGAACCUGAUGGAUACGCUCUUCAGCAAAAAAGGAUUUGUAUUCCCAGAAUUGAAGGCUGGAGAAGAAACAGCAGCAGCAGUAACAAGGCGUCAUUCCAGGAUUCUUGCACGAGUUGGAGACAUAUCUUCUGUUAUUAGGCAUUUACUCUUCGUCUAA